UAAAUUGCUUUAAGCAAGUUGGGAAUAACUUUCGAAAUAUUAUAUAUAAAAUGUUCCAGAUAUUCCAAAAUGUUAUUUCUAAUGUUGACGGCGUGUCUUCUCGCUGUGACUCACGCCGGAUGUCCCAUGAGACCAACAGUGGAACAAACUUCCACGAGCAGGACGGCAGGUGAUGGUGGUUACAGGAUUCUUAUCAGCGGACAGAACAACGGAUACAUUCCGAAUGCAAUUCAUACAAUUAACUUGCAAGGAUCACAAACACAUGAAAGACUGCAACAAUUCACGCGCUUCACGCUCACGGUGACUUCGCAGCACGCGCCGAAUAAUCCUUUAGCUCGUGUUGGUUAUUUCCAACUGUUUCCGGAUUCUUUAACUACCUUCAACGAGGAUUGCAUUAACACGAUCUCCGAGGCAACUGAGUACCCGAAGUCUGAAGUACGA